GCUUGCCUGAGCCCCAGCCUGCACUACCACAUGCCCCUGCUGCUGGUCAGCGGCUUCGCCUGCAAGGCCCUGUUCAGCGGGAGCUGUCUGCAGCUCUUCCUCAAACUGAUCCUCGCCUGCCUUUGCCAUCUCCUCAACUUCACCUUCGGGCUUCAGCGCCCCUCCGCCGUGGAAAUGUCUGAAAUCUGCGAGAAGAACAACCGCAACGUGGCCCACGGACUAGCCUGGUCUUACUACGUGGGCUACUUAAAGUUUGUUCUGCCGCGCCUCAAAGACUUGAUCAGCGAGUUCAACCGAGACAAUAAGAAUUUGCUGGCAUGCAAAGAGACCUGGAAAUUGCACAUCCUGCUCCCACUGAGCUGCGAGAUCUACAAUGACCUGGAGAAGGCGGACAGCCACAUCCAGUACUGUAAAGACCUCCCGGAGCUGGUGCUGGACCGGGCUGGCACUAAGCGGAGAGUCUACAAACAGAGCAUCUAUGGAGUUAUGGGAGAAGACAAAAAGCUGAGUUACUGCGUUGUGGAGUACGCCACCCCGCUGCAGUCCCUCUACGCCAUGUCCCAGGACGAAAGCGCCGCCUUCAGCCGGCAGGACCGCCUGGAGCAAGCCCAGCUCUUCUGCAGGACCUUGGAGGAGAUCUUACAGAGCUCCAAGGAGUGCGCGGGCUGCUACCGCCUCGUUGUGUAUGAGGGGGAGGAGAACUUAAAAUGGGGCAGGAGGGUUCCCACCCGAAGGAAAAUGCUCAACCUGUCUUUGAGAAAUUCGUCAGUAAAUGAACAAUUUCCGCCCGUUGCGGUGGGGAGGGACAGCUGUGAGAAAUUUUUCCUUUCAGUCCAAGGUUGUUUUCUUUCCCCUCCCGUCCCCCGAAUGUUGGGCUGGAGAAAGCAUCAGGCAGGUCGACAUUUCACCCCUUCUUUUAGACGCCAGCCAGCUGGCCCCCACAAGCCUUGCUCUGGCAGCACUGUGCAGAGAAGGGGCCCACAGGGUCUGGGAUUCCCAGGGAGGGAAGGAGGGAGGAGGGGGCCGCUUUGCCGUGGUCUUGGUCCGGCUGGGGUAAAGCCUGCACGUCUCCCUCUCCCGCCCCGCCAGCUGAGUUACUGCGUUGUGGAGUACGCCACCCCGCUGCAGUCCCUCUACGCCAUGUCCCAGGACGAAAGCGCCGCCUUCAGCCGGCAGGACCGCCUGGAGCAAGCCCAGCUCUUCUGCAGGACCUUGGAGGAGAUCUUACAGAGCUCCAAGGAGUGCGCGGGCUGCUACCGCCUCGUUGUGUAUGAGGACUCGGGAGACAGCAACAGCCAUUUCCUGUCGAAGGAGCUCCUCCGGCACAUCCGGCAGCAGCACCUGGAGGAAUACGCCAUGUGCAAUGGGAGCCACCAGCCCGCCACGUUCCUCUCAGAAGAACCCGUCAUCAUGAUCAGCAACUCGGAGCUACCUGGGCCUCUGCGGAGCGACGGCUUCUGAGCCAUGCGGCAGGACUGGCAGGUUCCUCCCUCUGCCCGCUGCAAGGAAAACACCGAGACAGGGCGACAUCCUGGCUUCAUUCCUCCCUCCCUGGUACGAGCCUCUCUCCUCAGGCUUGUAACUGGGGUUUUGU